AUGAGCGUCGAUCCCCUCGCGCCCCCCGAUGACGGCCGACUGGAGCUGCAGCGCCUGCUGAAGGAGAACAGAGAGCUGCGGGAGGCCAACGCGGCGCUGCGUGUCGCGUCGGAGAUGAAAGUUGCUGGCACCAGCAGUAAGGGAAGGUCUGCCGCUACUACUGGUGCUGCGGCCGGUAUUGAGUCUGAGCGGGCGAAAGGGGACGGAAGCGAGGCUAGUGAUAAACCGACGCCGAACACGGCACAGCUACGGAAGUUAAAGGAAGAGUUGCAGCGUACCAAGGAUGAGUUGAUACGCGCUCAAGAUGAACAGCGACAGGCGAAGGAGGGGUACAACCAGCUGAAGUCUGUUUUUGAAUCCUUUGUAGUGGAAGUUUGUGAGCGUGAGGAGGCGUGCAAGCUUGUAUUCGUCAGGGUUCAUGAAGAGAUUGAGGAGCAGAAGAAGCUUUGUGAAGGUUUGCGGCGACAACUUCAGGAGCGUUUGUCUACUGCUCCUGCUCCUGUCCCUGCUGCUCCGGUUCCUGUUCCUGUUGCUCCUCCUCCCGCACCGGCCCCUGCAGUUGUUGGUGUCGAUCCUUCCUCGUUACACGACCUCGUUGACAGCCUUCAUGGUUCGAUUAAAGAGCUUGAGUAUCGUUUGGGGUACAGAGCGGAUGCAGGAAGCCGCCACGCCGCGUCAGUAGCUGUUGCGCGUCCACCAAGAGGGAGACCACAGGCUGUCGUAGCGGCCAAUCUCUCGCAUCCUUCGGGCGUACAAACCCAACCACAUGAGCAGGAAGAUCAGGAUCAGCAUCAACAUCCGGCCCAGCAUCAACAUCAGGCCCAGCAUCAACAUCAGGCCCAACAUCAACAUCAGGCCCAGCAUCAACAUCAGGCCCAGCAUCAACAUCAGGCCCAGCAUCAACAUCAGGCCCAGCAUCAACAUCAAGAUCAGCAUCAGCGGCAGGUGCAGAGCCAGCAGGAGUUGCAGAAGACACCGCAUCUGGUGGUGCCGGUCCGCGGGGCGGGGGCGCUGCGUACCACCACUGCAGCGUCGAGCUCGCAGAGCGUCACCGUUGAGCGCAAGAAGCGUGGACGGAAGAAGCGCGAUGACACGGAGGUGACGAAGCGGCACGCGGCCGAGACGCCUGCGCAGCCCAGCGCGGAGGCGCUCUUCAAGGGCUUCACGCCUAGCGCAGUGAGGCCGAAGGGGUCAGUGGUGAAUUUCGGUAGUGAGCCCAUUACGGACUACUUGGGUCUUCUGGAGAAGACGGGUGCAAGCAACGUGGAUGCUCUUCGGCGCGAGCUGAUGAAGUUCUGCGCCUCGAACGUGAGCGUCCUCGCGUCAUACGCCGUUGAGCACUUCCUCAGCAAGGCCGUGCUUGCGGCCCCGGUGAUAACGCUCUGGAAGCACACCGAGCAGGUGAUGCGGAUCGGCAAAGAUGUCUUCCGCGCGUUCGUGGCGCAGGCGGUGCGGAAACUUGUGCGCCUUCUCGGCCCCGACAGCGCGGUGGCGCUUGACCACAGCCCACAGCUGCGGUGCCUGGCGCUGGCGCUGCGCAUGGCGUGCGCGGUGCAGCUGCGGGACACCGCCCAGGGUGAGGACGCACUUUUUGUUGCGUUCUACGAGUGUACUGUGAGUGCGCUGCGCACCUGGCGGGCUAGCGGGCUGGUGAGUGAGCAGCAGCACGUUCUCAGCACGUGGAUGGUCGCUGUCCAGCACCUCUGCGGGUUCGUUGAGGAUUUCCACAUGGUGAUACGCUACCACGCCAACUCGGAGCGUGUGCUCGAGGCACUCACGCUUCCUAAUUCUCUUUCACGCUACGCAGUGCAAGCAGUGAUGACAUCCUGUUACUUUACUGCCUCGCCGCAGUCGUCAUCGGCACCGCCUGCUACUUCUUCUGGUGCUGCUGCGAACGCGGAGAGCUGGAUAGCCUUCUGCGACGCCAUGGACUGGAGCCGCAGCGAAUUGCCGUCAGAUAUGAUUGGGUCCGCUGCUGCAAGGAUUCUCUCUCACUCAACAGACGUGCAGCGGAGGGGUGAGGCGCUUCUCUCUCUUCGACUCUUGGUGCUUCAAAAGGGACUCAGCUUCCUACAGGCGCUCACAGAGGAGCUACGAGUCUCCGGUGGCGAUGUUGACAUUGAUGCGGUCUUUGCAGAAUUGUUUAGCCUCGCCGUCGUUGAUCUGCAACUGGAAGACCCGCGCGACGAACAAUGGGGCCGUGCCAUAGCAUUCUUUGCGGAAUACCUCAGCACAAGCUCUGUGGAGCAGACGAAAUCAGCGGAGGAGCUUCUCGCUACGUGCAAGGACACACACCUGUUAGUCCUGCGGGCUGUACUGCAGCUCUGCCACGGUGCGGGCAGGGUCACAGAGGAGGGAGCUGAGCACCUCGCGAAGGCGCUCCGCUGGGUGAAGGCGCUCAACGUGGUGCUCGAGCGGUCCGCGCGCGAGAAUGAGGCCUCGGCAGCAACGCACCCGCUUCGGCGGACGCUGCUUGGACAGGAGCUGCGCUAUCUGUGCCAACAGGAGCUGUAA